AUGAACUUCGAUGAGACGCGACAGCAGGCGGAAGCCCUCGCGCCACCGCCGGCCGUCACGUGCGAGGUGAGGCAGCGCCAGCGCGAGCUCGAGCAGCGCCUCGUCGUCCCCGAGCGGGACGAGUACAUGCGCCUCGAGUGGGCGCAGCGCUUCCCGGAGGAUGUGGCCGUGGAGGUCGCCUUCUACACCGAGAAGGAAGAGGCGAAGGUGACGCAGAAGGCGGCGAAGAAGCGCGACCGAGAGGCGAGGAGGGCGAAGAAGAAGGAGAAUGAGGAGAAGGCCGCGAGGAAGAAGGUGGAGAAGAAGAAUGGUGCCGCUAGGGGGCGGCAGCGAGCGCCGAGCGCGAGUGUCAAGCUGGCCGGGCGCGAGCUGAGGGCGCGCGGAAGCGCAAUGCAUCCGCCGCCGCCUCCGCCGAUGCUGACCAACGCGCUGACGCACAGGACGCCGGUGCUGGGGCUGCGGCUGUGGGUGGUGGUCGGCCUCGCCGUCGGCGCCGCCUUCCUGCUCCUCCUCGCGCUCAUCGCGGUCUACUUCGCCGCGGCGGCGCGCCGGCGCCGUCCCAAGCCGACGAAGCAGUCCGCCGCGCCGCACGCGGCGCCGAUGUCGCCCGCGGCCAUCCCGCCGGUGUCGAAGGAGAUCCAGGAGGUGGCCAUCCACGUCGGCUCCCUCCGGCACUACCUCGAGAUGGGCGCCGCGUACCUCAAGGACAAGGAGGGCGGCGGCGGGGACGGCGACUCGCUGUGCGGCAGCGUGGCCACGCACGGCUCGCAGCGCGUGCACAUCGAGGCCGGCAAGGGCCGCCGCAUGGUCGCGUGCGCCGCCGACGGCGGGGAGGUGUCGCCGGGGUCCGCGCAGCCCGACGCGGCGUCGGCGGCGGCGGGCCCCGAGGUGUCGCACCUCGGGUGGGGCCACUGGUACACGCUCCGGGAGCUGGACGAGGCCACCGUCGGCUUCUCCCCCGACCGCGUCGUCGGCGAGGGCGGCUACGGCAUCGUGUACCGCGGCGUGUUCGCUGACGGCCACGAGGUGGCUGUCAAGAACCUCCUCAACAACCGGGGGCAGGCGGAGCGGGAGUUCACGGUGGAGGUGGAGGCGAUCGGGCGCGUCCGCCACAAGAACCUGGUCCGCCUGCUCGGCUACUGCGCCGAGGGAGCACACCGGAUACUGGUGUACGAGUACGUCGACAAUGGCAACCUGGAGCAGUGGCUCCACGGCGACGUCGGCCCGGUCAGCCCGCUGUCUUGGGACGCCCGGAUGAACGUCGUGCUCGGGACCGCCAAAGGGAUCACCUACUUGCACGAGGGGCUGGAGCCCAAGGUGGUGCACAGGGACAUCAAGUCCAGCAACAUUCUGCUGGACAAGCAGUGGAACUCCAAGGUCUCCGACUUCGGCCUCGCCAAGCUACUCGGCUCCGACAGCAACUACGUCACCACCAGGGUCAUGGGAACAUUUGGCUAUGUGGCGCCGGAGUACGCGAGCACGGGCAUGCUGACGGAGAGGAGCGACGUGUACAGCUUCGGAGUCCUCGUAAUGGAGAUCAUCUCCGGCCGAUGCCCAGUCGACUACGCGAGACCGCCCGGGGAGGUUAAUCUCGUGGAGUGGCUGAAGAAGAUGGUGAGCAACAGGGACUACGAAGCGGUGUUGGAUCCCAAGCUGCCGGAGAAGCCGAGCUCCAAGGCGCUGAAGAAGGCUCUCUUGGUCGCGCUGAGGUGCGUGGAUCCAGACUCACAGAAGCGGCCCAAGAUGGGGCAUGCCAUCCACAUGCUCGAGGUCGACGACUUCCCCUACCGAGAUGAUCGGCGGACUCUACGGCCGUGCCAAGGAAGUCCCCUUGAGAAAGCAAGAGUUCCGGGGAAGCCGGUGACGGAAUCUGGUUAUAGCAGUUGCUACGAUGGCAACAGCACUGCUGCCACGACGCCUUCCAGGUUGCAAGAGAACUAG